AAAGAAAGCAGCUGAAUGGAGUGAGUUUUUUGCUUUCGCGUUCUCAGAUUGGCGACAAAAGAAAAACAUGGGCUCCGCGACUGCCAUUUUACAUAGUCUUGAUCAGUGCUGUCCCCACAGAUCAUCCAUCUGUCAACGUAAUGUGGUUCGGGGCGUCGACUACGCGAAACAGCGACGAGAUAGCCGGAACGGAUCUAGAACUGGACCUAGCGGACUCGAAAUCGUCCUUUUGGGCCGCUUCCGUUCCGAAAGCUAGUUGGUUUAUUUCCUGCUGAAAUAAUAAAUAGACCGGGUUGGCCCUGUCAGAUCAAGAUGGUCAGGCCGAUCCGUGAACUUCAGGCACCAUGGCGACCCCAAACACAGCUCUGGCGUCGGAAGACGUGUCGAUCCAGAAUGACACGGACAGUGCCGCUACUGUCUUCGUCAAUGACCCUGCCAAUGGAGAAAAGAAGACCAACGACAACGACAACUCCAGCGGCUGGAAGUUGAUGCCAAGAGUCAAGGAGACACACGAAAGAGAACUCGAAGCCGGUUUCAAGGGGCGUGAGCUUGGGGUUACCUGGAAGAACCUCACCGUGGAGGCUCCCAGUGCGGACGCCGCCGUCAAUGAGAAUCUCCUUUCUCAGUUGAACCUCCCGAAGCUCAUCAAGGAAAGUCGACACAAGCUGCCGAACAAAACUAUCCUCGACAACACCCAUGGCUGCGUGAAACCAGGAGAAAUGCUCCUGGUUCUUGGUCGACCCGGUUCAGGAUGUACCACGCUCCUGAAAAUGCUGUCCAACCGACGGGGUGGCUAUGCUUCUAUCAACGGCGACGUGAAGUUUGGGGCAAUGAGUCAUGAGGAGGCUGCCCAGUAUCGCGGCCAGAUUGUGAUGAAUACGGAAGAAGAGCUGUUCUUUCCAACACUCACAGUUGGACAGACCAUGGACUUCGCCACAAAGCUCAAAGUCCCAUUCCACCUUCCCAACGACGUCCAAUCUCGAGAGGAGUACAGGGCUGAGACGAAAGAAUUCCUACUCGAAUCAAUGGGAAUAUCACACACUCGCGAUACCAAGGUCGGAAAUGAAUUCGUCCGUGGAGUGUCCGGAGGAGAGAGGAAACGUGUCUCCAUCAUCGAGUGUCUUGCAACGAGAGGUUCCGUGUUCUGCUGGGACAACAGUACUCGUGGAUUGGAUGCUAGUAGUGCGCUGGAGUGGGCAAAGGCCCUACGGGCGAUGACUGACGUGCUUGGGCUGGCCACCAUCGUCACCCUGUACCAAGCAGGAAACGGUAUCUAUGACCUGUUCGACAAAGUUCUCGUGCUCGAUGAGGGCAAGGAGAUCUACUAUGGUCCUAUGACGGAGGCUCGACCCUUUAUGGAGAGUCUCGGCUUCGUCUGCAGAGAGGGCGCAAACGUUGCUGAUUAUCUCACUGGAGUAACUGUGCCUACGGAGCGUCAGAUCCGCGAAGGAUACGAGAGUAGGUUCCCCAGGAACGCAGAGCAAAUCCGCUCCGAGUAUGAGAAGUCCGAUAUCUUCACGCGAAUGACAAGCGAAUACGACUACCCGAAUACUGAAGUUGCCGUUUCCAGAACGGAGAACUUCAAAGACUCUGUUGCGUUCGAAAAGGAUACACAUCAAUCGAAGAACAGCCCUUACACUGUCAGCUUUCCUGAUCAGGUCAAAGCAUGUAUCAUACGACAAUACCAGAUCCUGUGGGGUGACAAGGCAACCUUUUUGAUCAAGCAGAUUUCCACCCUGGCCCAGGCUCUUAUAUCGGGAUCCCUUUUCUAUAACGCUCCGGACAACUCCGGUGGUCUCUUCGUCAAAUCGGGAGCCCUUUUCUUUUCGCUCUUAUACAACAGUCUGCUUUCCAUGUCCGAGGUCACGGACUCUUUCCAUGGACGACCAGUUCUCGUGAAGCACAAAUCCUUUGCUUACUUCCACCCAGCAGCAUUCUGUAUUGCACAGAUCACUGCUGAUAUACCUAUCAUCCUUAUCCAAGUCAGCAUUUUCUCCAUUAUCGUGUACUUCAUGGUUGGCCUGACUAUGGAUGCUGGUCUUUUCUUCACGUAUUGGAUUAUCAUUUUUUCCGGGACUAUGUGUAUGACGGCAAUGUUCCGAGCUGUUGGAGCCGCAUUCAAAACCUUCGACGGUGCAUCCAAAGUCUCAGGUUUCCUCAUCAGCGCAUUGGUCAUGUAUACCGGAUAUAUGAUUCGAAAGCCAAGUAUGCACCCGUGGCUAGGCUGGAUAUAUUGGAUUGACCCUCUGGCAUAUGCUUUCCAGAGUCUCUUGGCAAAUGAGUUCCAUAAAAAGACUAUACCUUGCGUCGGAAAUAACUUGGUCCCAAGUGGUCCUGGAUAUUCUGAUCCAGCACACCAGUCUUGUGCAGGUGUCGGGGGCGAGGUACAAGGCCAAGUGACCGUCAAUGGAGAUUCGUACUUGAAGUCUCUAAGCUACAGCCAUGCCCACCUCUGGAGAAACUUUGGAAUCGUGUGGGCCUGGUGGGCGCUGUUCGUGGCGGUUACCGUCAUCUUCACGUCCAGGUGGAAAUCGCCAUCCGAAUCAGGUAGUUCAAUGCUUAUUCCUCGAGAGAAGUUAAAGCAGGUACACGCUGCUCGCAAGGAUGAGGAAUCACAAGCGAAUGAAAAACAGAUUGGCAGCAGCUCCUCGUCAGGUACUGGGGUGCAAGCUAGGAAUGCUAUCGAUGACAAUCUGGUACGGAAUACAUCGGUUUUUACGUGGAAGAACCUCACCUACACGGUCAAGACCCCCUCUGGUGAUCGUGUGCUUCUUGAUAAUGUGCAGGGAUGGGUGAAACCUGGUAUGCUAGGUGCCUUGAUGGGUUCAUCAGGUGCCGGAAAGACAACUUUGCUGGAUGUGCUUGCUCAGCGCAAAACCGAUGGUACGAUUCAUGGUUCAAUCAUGGUCGAUGGACGCCCACUCUCUGUUUCAUUCCAGAGAUCUGCUGGUUAUUGUGAGCAGCUUGACGUCCACGAACCUUUCGCAACCGUCCGCGAGGCACUAGAAUUCUCCGCUCUUCUUCGUCAACCUCGCCAUGUUCCCAGGGAGGAGAAGCUGAAGUACGUUGACGUCAUUAUCGAUCUGCUGGAACUUCACGAUCUCGCAGAUACCAUGAUUGGUAAGGUGGGCGCAGGCCUUUCCGUGGAGCAGAGGAAGCGUGUCACUAUCGGCGUUGAACUUGUGUCCAAGCCAAGCAUCUUAAUCUUCCUGGAUGAGCCCACCUCGGGUCUGGACGGUCAAGCAGCUUACAACACAGUUCGUUUCUUGAGGAAGCUCGCAGAUGUUGGUCAGGCGGUCCUUGUGACUAUUCAUCAGCCGUCAGCCCAACUGUUUGCUCAGUUCGACACUCUCUUGCUUCUUGCAAGAGGAGGUAAAACUGUUUACUUUGGUGAUAUCGGCGACAAUGCCCAGACUAUCAGAGAAUAUUUCGCCAGAUACGGGGCUCCCUGUCCCCCGGAGAGUAACCCGGCGGAACAUAUGAUCGACGUCGUCUCUGGUGUUCUUUCUCAAGGGAAAGACUGGAAUAAGGUCUGGCUGGAAUCUCCUGAACAUGACUACACGGUGAAAGAGUUGGAUCGGAUGAUCAGCGAGGCUGCCGCCAAACCAGUGGAGACGCAGGAUGAUGGACAUGAAUUUGCAAUGCCGCUGUGGGAACAAACCAAGAUAGUGACUCAGAGAAUGUCGACUGCACUAUGGCGCAACACCGACUACGUCAACAACAAGUUCGCCCUGCAUAUCGCCUUGGCUCUGUUUAACGGUUUCUCAUUCUGGAUGAUUGGCGAUACCGUGUCUGACCUCCAGCUGCGCCUUUUCACUGUUUUCAACUUCAUAUUCGUCGCACCCGGUGUCAUCAACCAACUGCAGCCACUGUUCAUUGAGCGUCGUGAUAUAUACGAGACUCGGGAGAAGAAAUCUAAGAUGUAUUCCUGGAAGGCAUUUGUGACGGCCUUGAUUGUUUCCGAAUUCCCAUACCUCUGCAUCUGCGCUGUCCUCUAUUUCGUGUGCUGGUACUACACUGUCGGUUUCCCCAAUGACUCGAACAAAGCCGGUGCCACUUUCUUCAUCAUGCUCAUGUACGAAUUCGUCUACACCGGAAUUGGCCAAUUCAUUGCUGCCUACGCACCUAACGCCACCUUCGCCGCUCUCGCCAACCCUCUCAUUAUCGGUACCCUGGUGUCAUUCUGUGGUGUCCUAGUGCCCUACGGCCAAAUCCAAGCCUUCUGGCGUUAUUGGAUUUACUACCUCAAUCCAUUCAACUAUCUGAUCGGAGGCCUCCUAGUCUUCAAUGUCUGGGACGCGGACAUCAAAUGUGCAGAAUCGGAAUUUGCCAUCUUCGACCCUCCCAACGGAACUACCUGCGGCAAUUACCUCUCCGAUUACAUGAAAGGUUCCGGCAUCUUUGCAAAUCUCAUCAACCCUGAUGCAACCUCGGGAUGCAAGGUCUGCCAGUAUAGGAAAGGAGCGGACUACCUCUACACUGUCAACCUGAAGAAGUAUUACUAUGGUUGGAGGGAUGCUGCAAUUGUUGUCAUUUUUGCCAUCAGUUCUUACUCGCUUGUUUACGUCCUUAUGAGAUUGAGGACGAAGGCUUCCAAGAAAGCGGAAUAGUGGUGUUAUUCCCAGUCUUUCUUAUUCGAUCGGGACUUUAUGUUCCGAAGUUUCUUUGUUCGUGUCUCAACGUUUUUCUUUCGACCAUCAAUAGAAGGUAUAGCUACUUCUCUUCGCUAAAGAUUACAUAGACUUGUGUGGUGCAUAUAGAUGGGCCUGUUUAAUAAUUUCAAUAUACUAGUUUCGCAAUUAAUUCUACGUCUAUAAUAGCUC